CCCAAAUGCGGGGAUAAGAGAAAGACAGAUCGUCGUGAAAGGUGGAUUCGUUUGCUCGUUGUUCCAGUCGCGCCUGGAUAACCUUUAAACGGCGAUAACUUCCGAGAUGAACCGCUUACUAAACCCUUAACAAUGAGUCAAAUCGCUUCGUUGACUGUGUUGAUAACCAUCGUAGCGCUAGCGAGCGGUAGGGGUCCCCACCAUCCACGCGGCGAACCCAUCGUCAAAAGGCACACCCACUAUAAACCCAGCAGGACCGCCGAAAAGUUCACCCAAGAUGCCGGACUCCUCCACGACGCUGAGCACACCCUGGAACACUUAGAAGAAGCAGAGCUUAAACCGGACGUAUCAAAGAUGACGCCGGAGGAACUGGAGCUGUAUUACUUUCUUCUCCAUGACAGCGACAAGAAUUCCAAACUGGAUGGGCUCGAGCUGCUCCAGGCCAUUCUCCAUACUGACCACGAUGCAGUCGGCGUGAGGUCUGAGGAAUUGAACGCUUUCGUUGAGAUGGUGGACCAGGUACUCGGAGAAGACGACGAGGACGGUGAUGGUUAUUUGAGUUAUGCGGAAUACGUCGAGGGUAGGAGGAGAAGUCAAUCAGGACAACAACCUAAUGUCAGUAUGGUCCUUUGAAACUGUUGAUGGAUGAUCAAAUUUUUUUAAUAAAAUGGU